AUGAUUGUUACAGUGUUGUUUGUUCUGUAUUUGUUUAGUAGUCAUGUUAGCUAUAAAGUUGACGGAAAUCCAUCUAUACAAAAAGAUGACUGGGAGUUAGAGAGACAACUUGAGAUUAUUACUAAGCCUGCUAUUAAGAGUAUUCAUAUGAAGAAUGGACAAAUUGUGGAUUGCAUCGACAUUUACAAACAACCAUCAUUUGAUCAUCCUUUAUUAAAGGGGCAUAAAUUGCAGAAAAAACCUAACUUUCAAAAUGUGACUGGAGAGAUAAGUCAAAAAACUUCAAGAACUCGACCCAUGUUUGGAUUGGGUAAGCAUGAAUGUCCGACGGGGACUGUUCCUAUAUUGAGAACAACAAAAGAUGACCUUAUUAGAGAAAAAUCAUUACUCAAUGAUCAUAUAUUGCUUCAAGAUAUUCCUGGUGUUCAUGUCGCGGAAGUUUCUGUUAAACCAAAUUAUGGUCCUUAUUAUGGAGUUGGAGGUUUUGUUCAAACUAGCAAAGAAAUUUUCAUCGGUCGAUCCAUAGGUACUAUCUCUCAAUAUGGAGGACGACUUUGUGUGCUUGCCUUUUCCAUUACUCAGGAUCCUAUAACCAAAAAUUGGUGGAUAAGUAUAGACAAUAAGCCCAUUGGAUAUUUUCCAGCAAAAUUGUUCUCAAACAUGAGCUCAGCUAAUGAAGUAGGUUGGGGUGGAAGAACAAGAACUCAUCCUGGUACUCAAAGUCCUAAAAUGGGGUCUGGCCAUUUUCCUCAUGAUGAUAAUCCUACGCACGCUUGUUACUAUAAACAAAUUUCGAUUCAAGAUAAUGAAAGAAAAACUCAUGGAGUUAAAGUAUAUGAAGCUAAUUCCUUCACCGACAAACCCAAUUGUUAUGAUGUUAGAUAUUAUGGAAAUAAAGGACCACACUUUGGUAACAUUCUCAUGUUUGGAGGGCCUGGUGGUAAUUGUGGAAAUUAA